GGGGUGGUGUGAUUUUUUUGGGAGAUGGGGUUCCAGUGAUUGCCAGGUGAUAAGAAUUAUUUGGGUGUCAAUGGAGAGGUUAUGAGUGCAGUUGAUACGGCGCUGUCAAUUUCGGUGAAAAUGGCCCCAGGGCCGGACAAUAGGCAGGAGCCAGUGGCACCUGACAAGGGUCAGGAUGAUGGGACUAGUGAUGGCAAUCCGGAGAGGAGUGAUGAGACUGGAGGGAGUGUUGGGGGCAGUGAGGGUAAUGGGGGAAAUGCCGGGAGUGAUGGGGCUGUGGGGGAGAAACAGGAGGAACCGGGUACUUUCUCGACGCUGAACGAGAGGGAACUCCGAGCCCUCCUCGAGGAGGCCUUCACCUACAGGGGCUCCACUAGGGAUCGAGAGGGAAAGUCUAAUCUAUUCAAAGAACUUCUUCAGGAAGCUGAAGUCGAUGAGACUGAGGAGGGACGUCGUGUGGUGACCAGCACUAGGUGCUUACCAGGGUCAAACAGACGUCGUCACAAGCGUGACUCAGUGUCCGAGAGGCUGACUCACGGUGGUUCACUCCAGAAUUUGGCCCAACCAAUUAGUUUUGAGUUUGACAGUAGCUUUGCCUACCUCACCUCGGGCUCUAGUCACACAUAUGGUGGUGGCAGGAGGAAAGGAAAGAAACACACCGGACCCAGUGUAUCAGCGAGACAGAGAGAGGGUGGAUCAUUGCCCUCGAAUGUAAACGCAACACACAGUCUUGCACCACUUGCUAAUCUAGAUUUACUCUUCGACAAGAAGAAGGGCUACUACGAGGAGAGAUCAUCGUACGACUGGACAAACAAGGAGAAAUCAAAGUCGCUGGACAAGCCGACGUACGGCUGUGCCCCGAAAAAAGACGACAAGGACAAAGAGAAAAAGGACAUCAAACGUGAUUCAACCGUUGCUGGUACAGCGGUCAUUGAUACUGAAACUGAUAAAAAGUGUUCAAAGGUGAAACAAACGACAAAUGAGAUGCUCGAGUCGGACAAUCCACCACCAGAUUACAAACCGGAAUACAUGGUAAUUGAUAUCGAGGUGAAUGGGUUGGGUGAGAGGAAUGUUGUAGCUACGAGUGGAUCGAGUAAACAGAGACCCCACUCAGCCUCGGACAUCAAUGAUGAUGAGGGCACUGAGAUGAAGAUCAUUGAGCCACGCAGGCCCAUGCAAUUGAUCUCUCGUGCUCACUUCGAGACAGCCCAAACAUCGGUUGACUCAGCUGUUGAUUUUCCACUUCGUGAUCACAAACAGGAUAAACCAAAGAUAUCAUUUAAUGGACCUGAGAUCUCUGGAACUCUGCAGUUGCAGUCUUACAACAAUGUCAAGUGCGUUGUCAACGGGACAAUGUCAGGUGGACAGCAGGGAAAAGUUGGCUCUAGCAUUCUUCCAAUAAUGCAUUUACCCUCGCUGGCUGUGUCGAGAGCACCCAUGCAGAAUAUUGGAAUUCUCAACAAGGAUGGAACGUUGAUUGAUAAAAAAUCACUUGAUGAGAAUGGAAAUGCUGUUCAGGGGCACAAUGGUGAGCGCAAAAAGACGAGGAGAAAGCACACACAGGAGCCUAAUGUCAUUGUUUAUAAGGCUGAGAAUGUUGAGGGGCACCAGGGGAAUGAGGACAUUGAUAGUUUGAUUAAUUUCAUUGAGAAUAAAGAAGCCAAGGGGAAGAAGAGCAAGACAAGUGGAAGUGCUGUCAAGGUGAAGACGUCGACUGCUGCAAAGCCUCGCGGCAGAGAGAAGGACUCUAAACGUGAACAGCUGCCAUCCAAAUUGCAGAAGGCUAAUUCUCUUGAGGAGAUAUCCAAGACGAAGCUCGAGGAUCUCACUGCUGAGAAGAGCUGUUCCAGUGGAUCCAGUGUUUCAAGUCAGCAUGGAUCUGUCAAUGGAGCACUCAGAAGGGCCAAGCAACGCAGCACUGGUGAUACUGUUGCUGAUUGCAGGGGGGAUCGCAGGUCAUGGGGCACUGAGGAGGGACAGGCUAUUUACUGCAAUGAUAUUGGGGAUGAGUAUACCAGGAGAAAUUCAAAUAGGAAGAUCAAUGCUGAAGUGGAACAGGAGCACGAGUUUUUGGUUGUUACGAAGAAGAAAAAGAGUAAAAAACAGAGGAGGAGCUCCAGUGGGGGUAGGGCACAGAAUUUAGGAGGAUCUGGCUCGUAUCUGCCUAGGACGAGGGGAUUCACUAAUGAAUAUAGGACACCCCUGUCACCGGAAUUGCGGAGAAAGAGUGCUAGCAGUAUGCCACCGAGUGAUAAAUCAGACAGUAGUGAUCUCGAUUCAGUUCACUCACUGCCAGUGACAUCAAAUACAAAACACAAUAUGACGAAAAAUCCACCAUCAUCUGGAACACCCCAAGCGAGUUACGCCGACAUAGCCCGCAUGGCCACGAUCAAUAUGUCACCGAGUUCCGUCCUCAAUAUCUCCACAAUGGUACCAAAUAUGUUGAACGCUGGUACAUGGCCAUCAGUGCCUGGUAAGUCACCAUCAGAGCCCGACAAAUUUCCCCAGGAUUACUACCCAAGUCUCGAUGAGCUUCAGCAAUCUGAUCGUAAAUCACGUCAGCAAAACUUUGCCAAUUCAAAUCACGCGCAGGGCUUUAGCUUGAGUUUUGAUAAGCCACCAUCGCCAACAAGUACUAAAGCCAAGAAUGCAUCAGAGUGCAAGAAGGCUGAGGCCAGGGAGGAGGCUAUUAACAAGAAGAUCCAGGUGAUAAAGUACGUGCAGGAGCAGAAAAACCUGACUGCUACUAAUCACAGUGUUCAUCAGAGUGAGAUUCCAGUAACACCAAACCUCAAGAACGCUGGCAAUAAUAAUUCCCUGGAGGAGACGACAGAGACAAGCCCCAAGGACACCAAUGCAAACAUCAGAAUCACGAAUUAUCAGCGAUCAAAUAGAAGGAGUUACCAGCAGAUACCAGGGAUUCCCCAGAUUCCAGUGGUACAAAUGGAAGCUGUGUAUGUCAAAAAAUCCCCUCAGGAUGACCUCAAGAAAUCUUCAAAUCCCCAGGAGGAGCCACGUAAACACAACACUGACGAUCAGCAGGAGGUGAAGCCUAAGCAGCUUAAUCCAAAGACUUUUUCACACAGCCAAAUUGACUCUGAGCCUCAGAAGUCCAUUGUCAAAGUAGAGAGAACGUCGAAGGGUGCGAAAGAGGCUGCUCCCACUGCCCAGAAAAUCGAGCCCACAAAGAUCAUCAAUAAUCCAAGUCAGGGCUCCAAAGAGGAAGAAGGUGAUACCAAGAAACCAAAUAAAAUGGGGAACAAGGAGAAAGAGAUGAAGAAUGAAUCAACGAAGAAGAAUCCCAGGCCAGCUGUAAUUCUCAUGGAUGAAACUUCAUCUGAUCAAUCUAGGAAUAGUGACUCACCUAGUGAAUUAACUUUUGGCUUUGAAGUUAACGAGCUGCUUCUGCAAUCCGAGGAGAGUGAGGAAAAAGUUGAAACCCAUCAGGUGUUUGUUCCAGAGCCACCCCAGAUUUUUGACAAGCCACCACCCACGUUCGACAGACCCCCUCCGAUAUUUGAUAAGCAUAUGAGGUACGAGAAAUUUCCACCAAAUUUUCACGUACCACCACCUCAUCCACAUCAGGUCCAGAUGCCACAUCCUACUAUGAUUGUGCCAUCGAUGGGUUACAUUGGAUACUCACAGAGGUUUCAUCCACCUGCCAAUACUUACAUACCUGGUCCUCCUCCUGCCACUAUUAUCGAUAAGUAUCAUCAGCCCAAGGAGGAUUUUUCAGCGAGAUAUGUGGCUCCUGAAGAAGCUGUCAAUGUGCAGAAUUAUAAUCACGAUAAGAUUGUCAGUUUUGUUGGGCAUGCGUGGGACGCAGUGAUGCGUGAGAUACCAGUGACGGCAGCGACUGGACGGAUCCAGUACUACCGUGGCCAGUGAAACCCCCUAAAAAAUGGACAACUCCUAAAAAAAGUCAGUGAUUCCCAUGAAUCUGUAAGAUGCGGCAGAUCUUAAAAACUCGUAAAGUACGUAAACAGAAUAAAAACAGAAAGAAAAAAAAAACAAACGACGAGGAGAACGUGUGUUCAGAGGGAAGACUACGGGGGCUGAUGUAAAUUGAGGUAGAAGUGACGUUUAACAGUGCUUUAUAAGUUUCCUCUUUAUUUUACUUCUUUUAUAUUUUUUUCUCCGCGAGCCCAGCGACAAAAUCCUGGGAUCGCUAGACUGUACAUAAGUUGUAAGAUUGUGGUGGGGUACGAGCAUUUGAAUAUGGAAGAAAAGAAAAAAAAACUUAAACGUCGAAGUUGUCGGAGUUGGCAUUAAAGCCAUACUGCAGUGGGGGUGGAGGAAAAGAAAAAAUUUAAUUCGACCUCAACAACGAACUUUAAGAAUAAAACAAGAAGUAAUGUACAUAAUGCGAGAUCUGGUAUAGUAUUUUCAGUAGCAAACGAACUAAAGUGACUUUUUAUCCCCCUCGCCCUCCUGAAGAAUCAUGUUGGAGUGAACGAGACACUGGUCUGUCUUGAUAAAUAUUUGAGAAUAAAUUAUGGACACUGUUAGUGGAUUAAUAUUAAGAUGAGAAUUAACACAGUGAAUGUGUUGGGGGAUUAUCGAGCCUGGGUGAAUCAUUCAGAGGUGAUUAUUACUGAAAUAUAACUCGGUGGAAUGAGGCCGUAGGACCUCUUGCCUGAGUGUGAUCACAAUUAACAAAUGAACAAACUUGAAAUAUUGUCAAAGUGCAUCACCAAGUGAAUUGUAAGUGUCAUGACAAUUGGCAUAAGAAAUGGAUAAUCUCUGUGUAUAAAUUAUCAUAAUUGUGCGAUCGACUGUAUAUUUCGAUGAAUCUUCCAGGUGUGGUGAAUUAUUAUUCAAAUCAUGGGAGAAAUAAUCAGCGAGAGAUUGAGAACAAUUAUUAGAGGAGGCCAGAGGCAUUGACAUUUGAAGUGAAUUGUAUUUGGGGGGUGGAAAUGUGGAGACUGUGAAGGAAGUUGUGGAAGACAGUCAUAAUGUUAGUGGAGAAGUGGUGUUAGGGAGAUGCUAUGAAAUCAUAAUAAACGGACUCGCUUAUUUAAUUAAUAUUAAAUAAAACUAAUAUUAUUGGAGAAUUAUGAGGUAAAGGAGAGAUAAUUGAUAAUUAUGGUAGAAUGCUUGUGGUCCCGCGAGCUAGGCUGGGCUGUGGAUACGAGGGCAGUCUGGGGACAUUUGUCAACCCUCGCAGGAGCUGGACCAUGUCUGGACUCUGUGGUUACUGCUUGAAUGAGGAAGAGCAAUUACAGAACUUUAUGCCAUUUUACUGCAGGGAGAGAAUUGUAUUUGCCGAGUUCUGGCGUUUCUGGUGAGACUUAUUAUUUCAAUAUUAUUGCUCAAUCGACAUUACUAAUGAUUAUA